AUGUCUACGGGAACUAAAUUCAACCCCAAGGACGUCUGCAACUGGUGCCUUAAGGAAUUAGGCAAGGAUAAUCUUCGCGCCUGCGGAGGAUGUCGGAUGGUCCGCUACUGCUCCAGAAACUGCCAGCGAGGGGCAUGGAAAACGCAUAAAUUCAGUUGCUCGCAGAACCAGCAGCUUAUAGACAGUCUCAAGGAUGAUCCGGUACAAGAGUCUUUCAACGCGCUCCUCACUCGCUGGUUGACGGUAUGGAAACCGUUCUUUGUUAUGCAUGGACCAAUUGCGUAUGAUAUGGCGAACACCCCGAGGAACAGAAUGGAGACUCACUGUGUAGUCUACGACCUCGUGUCACGUCCAGGUGAGAAGGACAUCGCAAAGGCAUUCAGGAUGGUAGGCGGUGGCUGUGUACUCAAGACCACAUGGGCAGACCGUCUACGUGCCGACGGCAACGGAGAAUUCGCCGACAACUUCCUAGCAGACAACCGCGGUCAAGAUACCGCGUUACUCUGCUUCUGGGUCGUAAAACACGACGAGCCAGGCCAAGGCUUGGUCCGACAGCUGUACUUCACCAUGCGCGAUGGUGGAGACUCUUACCGUCAAUUUGACAAGGAAACCUCGGCUACCCUUGCUCAAGGAUGGGCAGAGGCGACGGCGUACACUAUCGAAAUAGGCGACCAUACCAAGCUCUUGAAACCGUCUGAGUAUCAGUCCAAGAAGGCGAAGGCGCUGAAGUCCUCCAAGUGA